UAAAAUCACUAAGAGACAUACUCAAGGUCCACAGGGAAUCUCUUAAUCUAUGAGGAGGGAAGUCAUUUAUGAAAGGCGCUGGACUUUCAUUAAUGUGACAAUGUCAGUGUGGAUAUUACUGCUCACUGUGGGACUGUCCUGGGGUCAACGAACUGAACCCAUGUUUGCCUCAGUAACUCAGAGUGUUUUCCCGCCGGACUAUGAGAAUAACCCUACGCAGCUCAACUACGGUGUUGCUGUCACUGAUGUGGAUGGAGACGGAGAUCUGGAGAUGUUUGUGACAGGCUACAAUGGCCCAAAUCUGGUGCUGAAGUAUGACAAGUUUAAGAAGAGGCUUGUUAACAUUGCGGUUGACAACCGCAGUUCUCCAUAUUAUGCACUCAGAGAUCGACAGGGCAAUGCCAUCGGAGUGACAGCAUGUGACAUAGAUGGUGAUGGCAGAGAGGAAAUUUACGUCCUUAACACUAAUAACGCCUUCUCAGGCAGAGCAACGUACACUGACAAGCUCUUUAAGUUUCGUAAUGGGCGGUUUGAGGAUCUCCUGAACGAUGACGUAAAUGAACAUAGAGACGUUGCCAAUCGCUUGGCUGGCCGGUCAGUCGCAUGUGUGGACAGAAAGGGAACUGGCCGUUAUUCCAUCUACAUUGCCAAUUAUGCCAGCGGAACUGUAGGUCCACAUGCUCUGAUUGAAAUAGAUGAAAGCUCAAGUGACCCUUCCAAAGGAAUCAUUGCACUGUCAAAUGUGGCUGAGCAGGCCGGAGUCAACAAGUUCACAGGGGGACGGGGGGUCGUGGUCGGUCCCAUCCUCAGUCAGACCCUACCUGAUAUUUUCUGUGACAAUGAGUACAGCCCCAACUUCCUGUUUCGCAACAACGGAGACGGUACAUUUACAGAUGUGGCAGCACAAGUGGGGGUUGAUGACCCCAUGCAGCAUGGCCGUGGUGUGACGUUAGCAGAUUUUAAUCGGGAUGGGAAGACUGACAUUGUCUAUGGAAACUGGAAUGGGCCGCAUCGUCUGUUUCUCCAACUUGGCAAUAAUCGCAAGCAAAGGUUUAAGGACAUCGCCACACAGAAGUUUUCCAUGCCAUCUCCUGUUCGUACCGUCAUCGCAGCCGACUUUGAUAAUGACAAUGAACUGGAGGUUUUUUUCAAUAACAUUGCCUACAGAGGACCAUCAGCCAACAGACUAUUCAGAGUUUCUCGGAGAGAACACGGGGAUCCACAGAUCGAGGAGCUGAACAUCGGGGAGGCCGCCGAACCAGAGGGACGGGGAACCGGAGCAGCUGUGACUGAUUUUGAUGGAGAUGGACAGCUGGAUCUUCUGGUGACGCACGGGGAAAGUGCAGCUCAGCCCAUCUCAGUGUAUCGAGUCACUCAGGGCUCAUCUAAUAAAUGGCUGCGUGUGAUUCCACGCACACAGUUUGGGGCUUUUGCUCGUGGGGCAAAGGUGAUAGUCUACACCAAGCGAAACGGCCCUCAUAUGCGCAUUAUAGAUGGAGGAUCAGGGUACUUGUGCGAGAUGGAGCCAGUGGCUCACUUUGGACUCGGGAAAGAUGUGGCCACCAGUGUGGAAGUGUUCUGGCCAGAUGGACGUUCUGUGGCGAGAGCUCUGGAGCCCAGCGAGAUGAACAAAGUGAUGGAGAUCUAUUACCCUGAGAAUGAGGAAGAGGCGACCCAAGUGGUGGAGAUCGAGUGUGGACCAGGAUUUGAGGUCAAUGAAAAUGGCCGUUGCACUGACCAAGAUGAGUGCACACAGUUCCCAUCUGUCUGUCCUUCUGAGCGACCCGUCUGCACCAACACCUACGGGAGCUUCAAGUGCCGUGCAAACAAGAGAUGUAACCAGGGAUACGAGCCUAAUGAUGAAGGGACAGCAUGUGUAGCCCAGGUUGCUUAUUUUGGAGGAAACAGAUCCUCUGCCUCCAAGCUCUUGGCUUCCCAUCUUUCCCAGCUUCUCGUACUAACUCUUCUCGCUGUCUUUACUGCUUGCUUGGGGGCAUGAAUGGCAGUGCCUCCCCUUUCCUGACAUCUCUUCCACCCUGCUUGGUCUCCGAUUCUCUGCUUUCCUUUUUCGUUCGUUUGGGAGUCAGCUGUAAAAUGAACUCUCCAUGGAUCUGUCGCUCUUGCAAUG